AUGCCAAAGUCAAUGGUUGUCACAAGAAAUUCAACUCCACCUAAGCAGCCAGAAGUCCCUUCUGAUUCUUUGAUGCUCCCUGAUGAUAUUUCCACAUAUUCACCUCCAACUAUUCAGAAACCAUCAGAUUUGAUGGGUAGUAAUGAUAUUGGAGAAGAUGAGGAGGAAGAGGAAGAAGAGGAAGAGGAUGAAGAGGAAGAGGAAGAUGAUGCAGAGUUUGAUAAAUUCCUUGCAGAUGCAGAUAUCAGUCAGUUGGAAUCAGAUCCUGUCACCAUAGCAGUACAAUCUGCUCCAAGUGCCUCAAGUGCAGCUCUUGAACAACCAUCUCAUGAAAGUCCAAAAACACUUGCAAGCCGUGUUCUGGAAGACAUAUGGCAUAUAAAGAUGGAUUACACUGUUAUCGUACUGUUCGGGGGACAAAUUCUGUUGAAGGAAAUAUUCAUAUGCCACUUCGAAGAAUGUUUGGAUCACUUCAUGCUUCUCCUGAGCUCUCAGAUGCACUUCUAUGCAACAGUCGUGAUAGAAGGAAUACUACGUUUCUCAUUCAUUGUCAGUGGUUCCAAUUCACACAACUGGUGA